GAAGAAAUAAGGGAUCUGCUCAGCAAAGACUCAAAAACUCGUCUUGAGCUGAAGGAAAGACCAGAUGUGGGAGUGUAUGUCAAGGAUCUGUCAUCAUUCGUGACCAAAUCUGUUGAAGAAAUUCAGCAUGUUAUGUCGGUGGGGCAUGCGAAUCGCUCAGUUGGGUAA